GGCCGGCAGUGGAGAAGAUGGAGCGAGAUGGAUUUUGGCCGACAUUCUGCACAUUUUCUCAUCGAUGAAACAUUUUAUCAACUAGAAUAUGUUAUGAACAUGGUGGAUUAAGUUUUUUUUAAAUCGCGCUGUUUAUAAGGGGUGCAAAGGCGAGGUGAAUUAUUGCACACGCGCACUUGACAGAGGAAGCAUCCCUAACGGAAAUAUGCAGAUUAGCUAGAACGCUCCAAUAGGAUCUCGCUAGCUCGUGCUUGGCUCUGCCCACCUCUUUUCAUGUUCUGCCCACAAUUACUCAUUAGUUCCCGUUGGAAACGACAGGCUGUGGUCUAUCUUGGUUUAGUUAUUGAAAUAUGUGCUAUCUCCCUCGAGCAAAUAGCGGGUAUCGUCAGCGUCUAGGCUCGAGACUAGUUAGCUAUAGUAGUACACCCACCGAAACAGUUGCUGCAAACCUAGGCAGUACCUAUAAAGACUUUCCUGUUGUGGCAACAUUGUCCAUCUCCUUGGUGCCCUGAAAUGCCUGUCGGUGUCUGCUGCAUACAGCGCGUUCGGAAAAUGACUGUUGCAUAGGCCUACAUGAUCUAACGAGAUGUUGGACUCAGAAGACUGCACUUUGUCCCUGGAUAACCUGUUCUUUGAGAGGCCAGUUGUCCACAAAGUAAAGCCACUUUGUCAAGAGCAGAGUUCUUGGCAGUUGGAACCCCCUUUGUCCCUCUCCCAGAUCCCAGCCACUCAGGACAUCCAGAAAGAGGCAGAGGGUCUUUCAUCAUUAAGUUUCUCUCAGAAGUCCAGCAAAUUUCUUCCCCCUUUGAAAAGAGCGGUUGACGGUGAUGGUUUCACUCCCAAGAAUAACAAAUUAAAUCAGAAUACCAGUGAUGGAAGAAAAGAACCUGAGGCACAGGGCGGGUGUGCCCUUUGGGCUCGGGAAGACUUCAUGAAUAAAUCCCAGGAUACCACAAAGGUUAGAGGUCGAACUAAAACCCCACAGGAGUCUGGUCAUGCACUGGAGCAGAAACAUUUCCCUCUGGAGUUCAGCCAAAGCCCACCUCUACGGAGAAGUUUGUUCAAACCUCCCAGUGGUCAGGUGUUGAACAGCAGCGCAAACUCAAACAGAGGCCUCAACCAGGCAAGACCCGGAGUGCAGCAAACCUUCAACCAUGUUUCUAUGGCGACAGAGCCUCGGCUGGCAAAGCAGUCGGCAGCAGGCCCCGGCUCCCUCACCGGUCUGUGCCCGCCUACAGCCCGGGGACCACCACAGAAGACACAGGACAAGGGCACCAAGAGGGCUCAUGUUCUCCCCAUGACACCCCAACCCCUUCACAUACAAAGUACUUCUGGGCCUGGGAUACUCCGACCAAUCUCUGAAAUCCCUGCUAAAUUUAGAUCGGUCUUCAAAGAGUUCCCUUACUUCAACUACGUUCAAUCAAAUGCCCUAGAUGACGUUCUAUACACAGGUAAGAACUUUGUGGCUUGUGCUCCUACGGGCUCUGGUAAGACUGUGCUUUUUGAGUUGGCCAUCAUCCGCCUACUGAUGGAGACCACAGAGCCCUGGAGAAACGUCAAAGCUGUGUACAUGGCCCCCAUCAAAGCUCUAUGCAGCCAGCGCUUUGAGGACUGGAAGAAGAAAUUCGGGCCUCUGGGCCUGAGCUGCAAGGAGCUGACCGGAGACACAGAGAUCGACGACUUCUUUGAGAUUCAAGACGCCAAUAUCAUCAUGACCACACCUGAAAAAUGGGACAGCAUGACGAGGAAGUGGAGGGAUAACUGCCUGCUGCAGUUGGUCCGGCUUUUCCUUAUUGACGAGAUUGUGAUCUAUAGAGGGCUUGCAGAUGCGACCCAGAAAACGGAGGCAGUGGGAGAACCUAUUCAAAUAGCAGACUGGCUGUGUGACGACAGAGACCCUGCUACUUGUCUGGAGAUGGAUGAGAGUCACAGACCGGUGAAACUAAGGAAAGUAGUGCUGGGUUUCCCCUGCAGCAGCAACCAGACUGAGUUCAAGUUCGACCUGUCACUCAACUACAAGAUGGCCAACAUCAUCCAGACCUACUCGGACCAGAAACCAACACUUGUUUUUUGUUCAACAAGGAAAGGAGUCCAGCAGUCGGCCACUGUUCUGGCCAAGGAUGCCAGGUUCAUCAUGAGUAUUGAGCACAAACAAAGGUUGGUGAAUUAUGCAAACUCUCUCCUGGACUCAAAACUCAGAGACUUGGUGUUGUUUGGGGUUGGUUUCCACCACGCCGGAGUUGAUGUGUCAGACAGGAAGCGGAUCGAGGAGGCCUUCAACAUGGGAGACCUGCCUGUGCUGUUUACAACUAGUACUCUGGCGAUGGGGGUGAACCUGCCAGCCCACCUGGUGGUAAUCAAGUCCACCAUGCACUACAUCGGGGGCGCCUGUGAGGAGUACAGCGAGGCCGACAUGCUGCAGAUGAUUGGCCGAGCAGGCCGGCCACAGUUUGAUACAUCAGCGACCGCAGUGAUCAUGACCAAGACUCAAACCAAAGACAAGUACAUGCAGUUCAUGAAUGGAGCGGAAAUCAUCGAAAGCAGCUUGCAUACCCACCUGGUGGAGCACCUGAACGCUGAGAUUGUCCUCCACACCAUCUCAGACGUCAACAUGGCCCUGGACUGGAUCCGCUCCAGCUUCCUCUACAUCCGAGCUCUGAAGAACCCCAGACACUAUGGCUUUUCCACUGACUUGGACCGGUGUGGAAUCGAAGCCAAAUUGCAAGAGCUCUGUCUGAAGAACUUGCAUUCCCUGGCCUCCAUUGGUCUGAUCUCCAUGGAUGAGGAUGUUAACAUCAAAGCUACAGAGGCAGGCAGGCUGAUGGCAAGGUACUGUGUUGCGUUUGACACCAUGAAGCAGUUCAGCAAGGUGACUGGCACUGAGACCUUACCUGAGCUGAUAGAAUUGAUGGUGAAGGGCAGAGAGUUCACUGACGUGCAGCUGAGAGUGAACGAGAAGAGAACCCUGAACACGUUGAACAAGGACAAGAACAGGAUCACUAUCAGGUAUCCCAUGGAGGGAAAGAUCAAAAACAAAGAGAUGAAGGUGAACUGUUUGAUUCAAGCCCAGUUUGGCUCUAUUCCAAUCCAAGAGUUUGGACUUGCACAGGACACAGGGAGAAUCUUCAGAAAUGGAGUCCGAAUCAGCAGGUGCUUGGCAGAGUUCCUAAACCAGCGCUCCAAGAAAGGCUUCUCUGCUCUACUCAACUCCCUGAUACUGGCCAAGUGCUUCAGGGCCAAGCUGUGGGAGGACUCUCCUUACGUCUCAAAGCAGCUGGAGAAAAUAGAUUGUCAACAGACAUCCUCCGUUUGGAAACCAAAUCAGAGACGCUGUCAUCAAUCUACCCAAGUAUGAAGUUAGUUUGGAGCAGCUUCCAAGAUACAACAUCGCCACCGCAGAGAUUGCCGUGACCGUGAAUGUGAAAAACCACGAACAGCUACUGUCAAAGAGAACCACUCA